AACAAGUAAAGCUGUGCCUAUAAUUCACUUGAUUGAUUCUGUUGUUCAAAUUUGAAUAGGAGACAAUGAGCUUAGCACUCGUCCAGGGCUAUUCUUCCUCUGAAGAAGAAGAAGAAGGCCAAAAUGGCCUCCAUUACCAUAACUCAUCGGACGACGACGGCGACGGCGUUGAGCACAAAUUAGCAUCCUCCUCCGUUUAUGAGUCGUCCCGAUCCACCUCCUCCAAUACCUCCGCCCUCCCGUCUGCUUCCGACGCCUUCUCCGAGAUUUCGGGACCCCCUGCUUUUCUGAACAACUGCGUCCAAGAAUACUCCCCCCAGCAAGUGAGUCAUGCUACUCGUCACAACAAACAUCGCAAGGAAAAGAAAGACUUACCAGCUGGUGCAGUAGUGGAGUCCAAAGCUCAUUUAGUUGGUAUCCAUGAACGAGUAAGAAGUGAUCUUGAUGGUAAGCAACCUCCAACAGUAGCUGAUGCAAGCACAAAUCAAGGAGGCAAGCGUGUGGCAACUGUAACAAAUCCCAGUGCAGAGGAUGCUGCAGCGCUUCUGAGGAUGUGUUUGCAAUGUGGAAUACCCAAGACCUUCUCCAAUGCACGGGGAAUGGUCUGCCCAGCAUGUGGUGAUCGGCCUGUAGAGGCAACCGACGACUCCAAGAAGAAGGGGUCUACAAUCAAAGAUAAGGAGAAGAAUAAGAGGAUGAAAGGCCAGUCAUCUCAUGCUACAUGGAAAAGUGAAACUGAAAUGCAGCUUCGACAGCAAUUUGACUAGUAGGAUCAUCUCAGGUAUUACCUGGAAUGGAACAGCAUAACAUGUCAUAGGUUUAUUGUUACAUCCAUGUAGCUGCAAAUCAGUAGUUAGUAGGCCCAAAGUGCAACAGGUGAAUGUGAUGUAUGCUAUGCUCUGGUAUCGUGUCAAAAUGUGUUCUGUACUUUUCUUGUCACCUAUUACUAGAGGUGGCUCUCCUUUUCUGGUUGGUAAUAACUCUCCUGGUUCAAAGCGUGGCGAAACGUCAAACUGACUUGCUUGAUUAACUUUAUCUCAGUAGAAUGAUCUUGUAUUG